GUAACCUGCAAACUCAUGCCUUGGUUGACCACCCAAUGAUCGAGCAACUUCUUGGUGACCUUUGCUCUUCACUGACCAAUGAGACGGCUCAUGUGGACACAGCAGUGGUUCAGGUUGAAACAGAUACGGAGCUUUGGGACAUGAGAGGCCCAGAGACUGAUUUUAAUUCACAAGCUACGGUUGACGGUAGCCCUGCGGGGAAAGAGGAAAUUAGGGAAUCCUCACUGUUGGAGAGCGAGCGGGCAGGAGAACCGGUCUCAGCAGUGGAGCGAGAAAGAACAAUGCGAAACCUGGUGGACAUGCAAAGAAAGGUCGAACAAAGGCAGCAAAGAGACAGAGAGAGACAACUUCUUAGGGUUCAGAAGCGUCUGUCCAUCGUCCAAAACAGAAAGGGAGAGGAAGACCUGCUUGGCCUGAAACACACGGACAGGCUGAAGCACCUCACACAAGAUCUACCACAGGAGGAUAAGAACCAGCAAAAGACAAUUGUGAAAGAACGACUGGAGCAGCUGAGAAGAGAGCGCUCCUACGUCAUGCAGUCCAAACGAGAAAGAAAUGCCGCUGGAUUUCAAGAACUUCUGGGUCCAGUCGCUCUCCACAACAGGGAAACAAAUGAUGGAGCAGACUGAAAACCUACAUCUGCUCGAAAUGAGGCGAUAUGGACUUUCUAAAAAUGACUUUUAAGUUGGUACCAUAUUCAUCAUAAUCUACGGUUCAACAGGCAAUUUAUGUGGUCCAAAUAAAGGUUUGCACAUACUGUAAAAACACUGGCCUUCCUGUUGUUUGUGGACG